CUGACAGCUUGGAUUUUCGGUGUGCAUGGCUGAUCGGCUGCGGUGUUGCAAAAAUCGCAACAGAAAUGUGACGCUUGACGGGAAUUUGCGAAUGGGAACGUGCAUUGUCCAUGACAGCGUCUGCAUGUUUGUCGGACGAAGCGGCUGACCUACAGUAUGGCCGAAGCUGAAAGCACUGACUAUCGUGAACUUAUACAGAAGGCUGACGAGUUGUAUAAAACUAGAGAGCGGCAGAUCUACGAGCUUCUCGUUGCCCAUCGCGACAGUUCAAACCCUGAUAUUCUAUGGAGACUUGAACGAUCAGCAAGAAAAGUUGCGCGGCUUGCAGACACAAGCAAAGAGGAAAAGGAGAAACUGACUUAUGAGCAAUUAGAUAUUUCCAGAAAAGCCGUCGAUCUUGGACCGAGCAAUCAUUCGUGUCAUCAGUGGUGUGGAAUUUCAUUGAAUGAUGUUGGUGACUACGAAGGAAAGAAGACUAAGAUCAAUGAUGCAUAUCGCAUCAGAGAUUAUUUCGCGAAAGCAGUUGAGCUAAAGCCUGAAAGUCCCCGGCCGCACUAUCUUCUCGGAAAGUGGUGCUUUGAAGUGACAGCUAUGCCGUGGGUAGUGCGCAAGGCCGCUAGAGUCUUGUUCGCCACGCCUCCGACAUCAACUUUUGAAGAGGCUCUUAACUGCUUUGAUCGGGCUGAAAAAAAUGCUCCUGAUUUCAGUUGCGAAAAUCACCCGAUGCUCGGUAAAACACAUCUCAAACUGGGACACAAAGAAGAGGCUAAAGAAUGGCUUACAAAAGUUCUGAAAAGCGAUUCGAAUCAGCCGUUCUAG